CCAGUAUCUCAAUAUUCAAAUUACAGCUUAUCUAAAGCACACGAAGCCAAUGGAGGCACCUAGUAGCAUUCUCCUCCUAGGCCUUUGCCUCCUCUUUGCUUCUUCAGCAAUGACGUCGACCUUGGCCGAACCCAAAGCUCACCACCAUGAAUUUGUUGUCCAAGCAACACCAGUGAAGAGGCUGUGCAAAACCCACAACAGCAUCACAGUGAAUGGACAGUUCCCUGGACCAACCUUGGAAGUAAACAAUGGAGACACCCUGGUCGUUAAAGUCACUAACAAAGGUCGAUACAACGUCACCAUUCACUGGCAUGGCAUUCGGCAAAUGAGAACUGGAUGGGCGGAUGGUCCCGAGUUUGUUACUCAAUGUCCUAUUAGGCCAGGAGGGAGUUACACCUACCGGUUUACAGUGCAGGGCCAAGAAGGCACUCUAUGGUGGCACGCACACAGCUCAUGGCUUAGAGCCACCGUGUAUGGAGCUAUUAUUAUUCAUCCAAAACAAGGAGACUCGUAUCCAUUCCCUAAACCAAAUCGUCAAGAAACCCUUCUUCUCGGUGAGUGGUGGGACGCUAACCCUAUUGACGUGGUCAGGCAGGCAACUCGCACCGGAGCAGCUCCGAAUGUUUCUAACGCAUACACCAUCAAUGGCCAACCUGGUGAUCUUUACAAUUGCUCCAGCAAAGGCACUGUCAUUGUUCCCAUAGACUCCGGUGAGACCAACCUUUUGAGAGUGGUAAAUGCCGCCCUCAACCAACCUCUUUUCUUUUCCGUCGCCAACCAUAAACUGACUGUGGUUGGUGCUGAUGCUUCCUACACCAAGCCUUUCACCACCAAAGUUCUCAUGCUUGGACCUGGUCAGACCACCGAUGUUUUAAUCUCCGGAGACCAGCAGCCAUCUCGAUACUACAUGGCAGCGCAUGCUUAUUUCAGUGCACAAAACGCUCCAUUUGACAACACCACCACCACAGCCAUUCUUGAAUACAAGUCCGUCCGUUGCAAUAACACUACUAGCUGCAAAAAGAGUAAACCCAUAAUGCCACAGCUGCCAGCUUUCAAUGACACAAACACUGCAGAAGUCUUCACUAGGAGCUUCAGAAGCCCUAGAAAAGUUGAGGUCCCUACAGAAAUCGACGAGAACCUCUUCUUCACAAUAGGACUUGGACUCAACAAAUGCCCUAAGCACUUUCGAUCUAGAAGAUGCCAAGGCCCCAAUGGCACACGCUUCGCUGCUAGCAUGAACAAUGUCUCAUUUGUACUCCCAAACAACAUGUCAAUUCUUCAAGCUUACCAGCAAAACAUUCCUGGAGUUUAUACUAGUGAUUUUCCAGCCAACCCGCCAAAGAAAUUCGAUUACACUGGGAAUGUCAGCCGCUCCCUUUGGCAACCCAGUUUUGGAACUAAGGGAUACAAGUUGAAGUAUGGGUCUAGAGUUCAGGUGGUGUUACAAGACACAAGUAUUGUCACACCAGAGAACCAUCCAAUUCAUCUGCACGGAUACGAUUUCUACAUCCUUGCACAGGGUUUUGGAAACUUCAAUGCCAAGACUGAUACUAAGAAGUUUAACCUUGUUGAUCCACCUCUGAGGAACACUGUGUCGGUGCCUGCAAAUGGUUGGGCAGUCAUCAGAUUUGUAGCUGACAAUCCAGGUGCUUGGUUGUUGCAUUGUCACUUGGAUGUUCAUAUCAACUGGGGUUUGGGCAUGUUUUUCCUGGUGGACAAUGGAGUUGGGGAGCUGCAAACAAUAGAACCUCCUCCUGCAGAUUUACCUCGGUGUUAG